GGUGUUUUAUAAUUUUGCCACAAAAGGACAUGGAGGUCAUUUCGGCACUAGGGUUUUAAGCGCCACUAUAACAACGCCGAAGAAAAACCUCGUUCCAUUUCUUUUGCGCUGAGCCUCUCGCAGUUGCUGUUUCCUCUUCAGGUUGAUUGCUGAAUUAGGUGAUUUGAGCCAAGUGAUUUGUUGGGAGCUUAUCAGUCAUCCAAGAUGCAGAACGAAGAGGGUCAGAAUAUGGAUCUGUACAUCCCCAGGAAAUGCUCUGCCACAAACAGGCUCAUCACCUCCAAGGAUCACGCCUCUGUCCAGAUUAACAUUGGGCACUUGGAUGCCAAUGGCCUAUACGUUGGUCAAUCUACCACUAUUGCUCUCUGUGGUUUCGUCCGAGCUCAGGGUGAUGCUGACAGUGCCCUGGACAGGCUUUGGCAAAAGAAGAAGGUUGAACACCGCCAACAAUGAUUGCAGUUGGUGCAUGUUUUGUUUUCUUUUAAACAUUGUUGGUACAAGGAGAGUGACUGCUCUGGUUUUUUUAAGAUAUUUGAUAUGAAGGACAAGUUAAUAUCUAGUACUUAGCAUUGUUUUUAUGUCGAAUUUGUUUGUUGCAUGAUUUUCUAUAAUAUUAUGUUGCACUUUAAA